CAAAUGGGACUCGAAGAGAUAAAUAAGUAAGAAAAAGAUAUUUAAUUUUGUAGAGUUUUCAUACAAGGGAGGUGUAUCAACGAUGAUGAUCCUCCUCUGUUAUUAGAAGGGAACCAAUCUCAAAAGAAUCAAAGGAUCAUUUCUACAGAUUCUAUCUUCGAAAUGGCAGUGGUCAACAGCCUCCGACGAUUGGCGCGCACUACCCAGGUUACUUUGCAGAGCAGGUAUGCUGUUUCUUCGCAAUACAUGCCUGGCUCGAGAAUCUUCACUACAGAAGCAUCACCAGAGAAGCUUGGGUCUAAAGGGCAUGAUAUGCUAGCACCUUUUACAGCUGGGUGGCAGAGUGCUGAUUUAGAUCCUUUGAUCAUUGCCAAAUCCGAGGGAAGCUAUGUGUAUGAUGACCAUGGCAAGAAGUAUCUUGACUCUCUCGCUGGUCUAUGGUGUACAGCCUUAGGAGGAAAUGAGCCACGGCUUGUUUCUGCUGCUGUAGGGCAGUUGAACACCUUGCCCUUUUAUCACUCCUUUUGGAACCGUACUACUAAGCCAUCUCUGGAUCUUGCUAAGGAUCUUUUAGAGAUGUUCACAGCCAAGAAAAUGGCCAAAGCAUUUUUUACAAACAGUGGAUCAGAGGCCAAUGAUACACAGGUCAAGCUGGUUUGGUAUUACAAUAAUGCACUUGGGAGGCCUGAGAAGAAAAAGUUUAUCGCGAGAAAGAAAUCUGCUUAUUCCAGGUACCAUGGCUCCACUUUAAUAUCAGCAAGUUUGUCCGGUCUCCCAGCGCUGCAUCAAAACUUUGAUUUACCUGCACCGUUUGUGCUGCACACAGAUUGCCCUCAUUACUGGCGUUUUCAUCUUCCAGGGGAAACGGAAGAGGAGUUCUCAACCAGAUUAGCCAAGAAUUUAGAGGAUCUUAUCAUUAAAGAGGGACCAGAAACUAUUGGUGCUUUUAUCGCUGAACCAGUAAUGGGUGCUGGCGGUGUGAUACCUCCACCUGCUACAUACUUUGAAAAGAUUCAAGCUGUUGUUAAGAAGUAUGACAUCCUGUUCAUUGCUGAUGAGGUGAUUUGUGCAUUUGGAAGGCUGGGGACAAUGUUUGGAUGUGACAAAUACAACAUCAAGCCAGAUCUUGUGUCCUUAGCCAAGGCACUAUCUUCAGCUUAUAUGCCGAUUGGAGCCAUUCUUAUGAGUCAAGAAGUAGCAGAUGUCAUAUAUUCUCAAAGCAACAAGCUAGGUGCUUUCUCGCAUGGAUUUACUUACUCUGGUCAUCCAGUUUCGUGUGCUGUAGCAAUUGAAGCUUUAAAGAUAUACAAGGAGAGGAACAUACCAGAACAUGUCGCCAAAGUUUCCCCAAGGUUUCAAGAUGGUCUUAAAGCUUUUGCCAAGAGCAGUCCUAUUAUUGGAGAGAUAAGAGGAACGGGUUUGAUUCUGGGAACUGAGUUUACAGACAACAAAUCUCCAAACGAACCAUUUCCACCAGAAUGGGGUGUUGGCGCAUACUUUGGAGCUGAAUGCCAGAAACGCGGUAUGUUAGUCCGUGUUGCAGGUGAUGGCAUAAUGAUGUCUCCACCGCUUAUUAUCUCACCUGAAGAGAUCGAUGAGUUAAUUGAUAUCUACGGGAAAGCAUUGAAAGCUACGGAAGAGAGGGUAAAAGAACUCAAGGCUCAGCAAAAGAAGUGAGAAGCAAAGGUUUCUGAUACUGUCAUGAAAGUGUGGUUUAGAUUCUCCCCAUGUCUCUCUGCUUGAAUUAUUUGCCAUUUUGCUUUGCACAGUGCGCGACUUCAGUAAUAUCUAUGCAUAAUAAAGCAUCCAUGCAAAACAUAAUAAAUCAUCAAACUUAAGUCUUCUCUCUU